ACUUCCCAUUCAUUCACACACAAAAUAAUUAAUAUCUACGCUGUAUUUUGUUUAUUUUUUAUUUGGAUUGAUUCAAAUUAAAAGCGUAAAAUGGAGUACCUGAUGAAGAGCUGUAUCUAUAUAAAGUAAAAGGAUGCGUCGCUUUCCCUCUGUAACCCCCAUUUCUCUUCCUUAUUACAUAUCAGAUUCAGAUAGAUAGAUUGUGUCGGCAGUCGACCUCUGAGUUGUCGACUUCUUCUUCUUCAUCCUCUCUCUCCUCGCCUUUCAGGAGAGAGAAAGGAAAAAAAAAGGUGCUGGUUGCUUUAUAAGAAAGGGUUGGAUACCAUUCCCAUCCUUGGCUUAAAGUUCAAACAACCAUCUCCUAUAUUCUCUCCACUACUUAUAAUUUUGUUGGAAGUUUUCACUCACUUUGUCCUGUUCCUCCUCAUCUCUGUUAAUUAAUUUUUUUCCGCUUUGAGUCGAUUCGAUCGGAUAUAUAGGUAGAAAGGUGCGAUCCUUUUUCAAUUAGUUAGAGGAAUAAUAAUAAUGUGGAGAUCAAUAGUAACAGUAAUGUGUUUGGUAUUAUUGGAAUUGGGGGUUUCGGGGCUUGGGGUGAACUGGGGCACCAUGGCAAACCACAAGCUGCCGCCGAAGACGGUGGUGCAGCUGCUCAAAGACAACGGAAUCAACAAGGUGAAGCUCUUCGACGCCGAUCAGUCCACCAUGAGCGCUCUCGCCGGCUCCGGCAUUGAAGUGAUGCUCGCCAUCCCUAACGCCGACCUCUCUGCUAUGACCACCUACAGUCGAGCUAAGGAGUGGGUCCGCCGCAACGUCACCCGUUACAACUUCCAGGGCGGUGUCACUAUCAAAUAUGUUGCAGUUGGAAACGAGCCAUUCCUUACAUCCUAUAACGGCUCCUUUCUGAAAACCACAUUCCCAGCUCUUGAAAACAUUCAGAAUGCCCUGAAUGAAGCCGGGUUUGGCGAGUCCAUUAAAGCAACCGUGCCCUUGAAUGCUGAUGUUUACGGGUCCCCGGAGAGCAACCCGGUCCCGUCUGCUGGGAGGUUUCGCCCGGAUAUCUUGUCUCAGAUGACCGAGAUCGUUCAGUUCUUGGGCAAGAAUAAGGCGCCCUUCACAAUAAACAUCUAUCCUUUCUUGAGUCUCUAUGCCAACGAGCACUUUCCCGUUGACUACGCCUUCUUUGAUGGGGUGAGUAGUCCCAUUCUUGACAAUGGCAUCCAAUACACCAACGUAUUUGAUGCCAAUUUCGACACAUUGGUUUCGUCUCUGAGAGCAGUGGGACUGGGUGAUAUGGAGAUCAUCGUAGGGGAGGUGGGCUGGCCAACGGAUGGGGACAGGAAUGCCAACAUAAACUACGCCUUGAGGUUCUACAGAGGACUCCUACCAAGACUUGCAGGCAACAAAGGAACCCCUCUUCGCCCCGGCUACAUUGAAGUCUACUUGUUCGGCCUUCUUGAUGAGGACGUCAAGAGUGUAGCUCCGGGUAAUUUUGAGCGCCACUGGGGAAUCUUCAAGUACGACGGACAGCCCAAGUUCCCCAUGGACUUAUCCGGACAGCUACAAGACAAAUAUCUGGUGGGAGCUCAAAAUGUAAACUAUCUCCCUAAGAAAUGGUGCAUGCUUAAGCCGGACGCCAAGGAUCUCAGCAAACUCGGACAAAACAUAAACUUCGCCUGUACCUUUGCCGACUGUACCCCCCUUGGAUAUGGUUCCUCGUGCAACGGCUUAGAUGCCAAUGGCAAUGCAUCCUAUGCAUUCAAUAUGUACUUCCAGGCCCAGAGUCAGAAGGAUACCGCCUGCGGUUUCCAGGGCCUCGCCACCGUCACUGAUCAGAACAUAUCUCAGGGAAACUGCAAUUUCAUGAUUCAGAUAGCUACUACAUCAUCAUCAUCUUCCACAAGAUUCACACACCUCUUUGGGGUCACCUUACUUUUGCUCUCCCUAUCCCUCUCCCUCUUGUAGAUAGAUAGAUAGAUACCCCAUCCUUUAUAUUUGUUUCAGUUUUGAUAUUUAUUCACAUUGUUUGGGCAAUUUUCCCUAUCAUAUCAAAACCAGACUCAGAUUGAAUCUAUAGCAACUUCAUAUUCGUUUGCUUCUCUGUUUGAAAGCAAAUCACAAA